AGCUUGUCUAUACCGCCACGGAGUGAAUGGGCGGGCUUUGUGUGUGCUGAGAUUCAACGUAACGUCCUUCGGAUUGGAAGCCCCGAAAACACCGGAGCCUCGGGGGGUGUAAGGAGCACCGUCACAGAGGAGAUGUCGUUCUGCCUGACUGAGCUGUACCUGUGGUCUCUGAAGAAUACCUUGCAUGUUGGAGAUGAAGAUCUUGGAGUGCAUCAUUAUCACGAAAAGAAAGAAGCAGCUCCAUAUCCAGAAUAUGGAUUCCUGGACGAGAGGCAGCAACUUGCUGAAUCUCGGGGUUUCCCUUGGGUGCUGAAGAACAAGCGUCCAGAAAAGCUUCGAGACAAUCUCAUGGAGCUGGAGGAGCUGAUGCAGAGCAGUGAGUGUGUGCUCAGUAAAUGGAAGAACAAAUAUGUCUGUCAGCUCUUGUUCAGUUCUGGUGUGCUUGUGUCCAUAAGCCUUUCAGGGCCACAGCUGGAGAAGUUGGUGAUUGACAGGACCCUGGUGGGGAAGCUCAUCUCCAACCCCAUCAGUGAUGCUGUAUUCACAGAUACUUUCAUCAUUGUUUCAUUUCUGAAGGAAAACAAACUUUGUUUCAUCCAGUUUACUAAAAAGACUGCUUCCCCAGAUAUAAACAAACACUUGGAAAAACUCUCCUCUCUGGAUAUGAAGAUUUCAUAUAUUGACAUACCAGGACCGAAGGUUCGUCACCUAAGCCGUCAUCUUGCACUCAACUGUGUACAGGAUCUAGCAAUUUGCUGGUGGACAGUACCAGAGGAUAAUAUUUGGCCCUGGAGUCCGAUUUCCAGUGAGAAAGACAGAGCCAACAUGGUACUUUUAGGAUGUGCCAAUAAUCGACUAGAGGUCUUAAGCUACAUCCGUACUGAGGGAGAUAUUUUUGAUGCUGGCUUCAGUAUGACUCAACCUUACCAGGUGUAUACAGUGGAACAGUCCACAAACCCAGAGAGUGAACCAAUGGCUGAUAGCUGCAUUUAUGAAUGUUCCAGGAACAGACUCCAGUGUGUUUCUGUCACUAAAAUUCCUCUCAGUUCUCGGGUAAUUAGUUGUGGCAGAAAUCUGUCUGAAGACAAGCUUGUUCUUGGGUGUGAAGAUUCCUCUGUUAUUCUGUAUGAAGCACAUCGAAGAGUGACCCUUCUAGCCCAGGCUGAACUCCUUCCUGUUCAAAUAAGAUGGCAUCCUAUUGGAUGUAUAUUUGUAGUGAGCAACAAUCAAGGUGAACUUCAAAUUUUUGACAUGGCAUUGUCACCAGUUAAGGUUCAGCUUGUUGCUGAAGAUUUUGCCCCAAGAGCUACUUUACAAUGCAGUAAACAUUUUGAAGUGUCAAGCAGCCUGGUAGACAUGAAGUGGGCAGUCCCUGAUAACAUGAGUGAUAGUACAUACAUCCAUAACCUUUUGUUCCUGAGAUUUCACGGUGGACCAUUAGGAGUGCUUCAGUUUAAGCUUGGUGCUGUAUCAAAAGGACAGCUGGGCCCUGUGGAGCUGGUUUCACAGUACUUACGUUAUGGUGAAGUAGAUGAAGCUGUCGGUAUACUGAGCUGUAUGAACUGGAAUACUGCUGGUCAGCAGUGCUACACAUGUAUGAGUGCUAUAGUGAACCAUCUUCUAAGACAGAAACUUACUCCAGAAAAAGAAGCUCAGUUGGAGGCUUGCCUUGGAACCUUCUAUUCUCUGGGUCGCCCACUGAUGGAUGCUACUAUUAUGGAAUACAGAGAUCCUAUAAGUAGAUAUGCACGAAGAUUUUUCCACCAUCUUCUAAGACACCAGAGAUUUGAAAAGGCAUUCCUGCUUGCAGUAGAUAUUGGUGCCCGUGACCUUUUCAUGGACAUCCAUUACCUUGCACUAGAUAAGGGUGAAUUGGCGCUAGCUAAAGUGGCAGAGAAAAAGGCUAAGGAAAUAGAUGCAGAAUCAAUAAACGCUGGAGUUGAAUCUUUGCUGCAAGUGGACAGAAUGGAGGAUGUAAAUGAAGCAUUUGUUGACCUCUCUUUAACUUCACAAAGUGGGAAAAGAGUUACCUCAAGUAACAGACAAUUAGUUCACAUAGAGAACGAGAUUGGAGUUGAAGCCUAUGCCGAAUCUCUGGAUAAAGCGCUACCUUGGAAUUGUGGAGAGGAAGAUCCAUCUAAAGAGGGCUCUGGAGGUGGUGGCUCACUGAAAGUGGUGCAUUUUGGACUGGUGUAAAAUGGCUAUAUUCUGAUAGUGAACAAAAUUCCACAUUUCAUUUUUCAUAGUACCCUGACAUUAUUUGAAAAAAUAUUUGAUGUAAAUUGUAAAAUAUGAAGUAUAUAUAUUGAAAAACAAAUAUGACUAUUAAAGACAACCUGUUUUACAACUUCAUAGUAAUUUGUUUCUGUUGUAUGUGUUUUCAGUGUGGCACCUUAGAGCAAAAUAAUUAGUUGUAAAGUAAAUCCUGCCUGCAGAAAGUGGCUCUGUUACUGUUACUUAACUUAGAAACCCCAGUGGACAGGUAAAAUUAGUCAGUGAACUAAUGCUAUAUAACAUAACACUGUACCUUAAAGCCCACCUCCAGCCAAAAUCUAUCUGUUUAGAGUUUGUUUAAUUGAGGAAAGGUAGGGAUUCCUUUAUUGUUGUCUGUGUCCACCAAAGAGGUUUUCCUUCACUUCCAGCAUGGUCACCAAGAUAGGAAAUUAACAGAAUCUGUCUUGGGGGACUCAAACAGUAAUGAAAACACUUUAGUAGCAUGGGGACGAUUCAAACCAUUCUCAGGAUUUAACAACGUCAGCUCUCACACCUGUAUACUCAUUUUGAACCAGAGCAUCUUUGCAUUUAUUAUAUGCAUAUAUUGAUUCCAUUUAAGUUGUCAAAAACGUUAGCAUUACCCUUGAACUUUGGUCAGAAAAUAAGUCCUGAUAGAUUACUUUUUGCUCUGCACAGUCUCAGUUGUUCUCUAUUUUCAGCACUGCUCCAACAAUUAGAGCUGACAGCCAUGGGCAUCUGCACGGGGGGGGGGGCAAGUGCCAGGUGUACCAUGCCCAUAUAAAUAGCUUGGAGGAUGUACAUAAUUUUAUAUUGCAAUGUAUUGCAAUACAUCUGUUGUGGCCAUAUUUUGAGCAUGGGUGACCUUAAAAGGAUGCCCCCCCCCCCUGAAAAAAGUUCUGCGGAAAACCCAUGCAGAUACCCUAAGGAUUUUCUCCUGCUCAGGAGCUGUGGGCUUCAACAAAAUGGCAGCCUCUGGCAA